CAGGACUGGCAUUCUCCCAAGUGAGGCUCUGGGCUGUCUGCAGGUAAUGAUUAGCUGUGCCAUCUCCGAAAGUUCCAGGACUCUGGAGCUGUCUGCACGGCUAGCUGUGUCAUCCCAGGCUCAAGGGACUCGAGCUGUCUGCACAGGAAAAGGGUGGACCAAGGAGCCCCAGAGAGACUUCCUGAAACCACCUGGCAGGUCUGACCAUGCAGUGGCUGCGGAAACUCCAGGGGCUUCGCAUCCUCUGGGGGCCUCCAGUGUCCGGUCGUGCUGUCCACGUGCAUACCAGGCACCUGGCAUCUCUGCAGUGGGGCCACCAGGAAGUCCCUGCCAAGUUUAACUUCGCCAGUGAUGUGCUGGAUCACUGGGCCGGCAUGGAGACGGCUGGCAAGCGGUCCCCAGGCCCAGCCCUCUGGUGGGUGAGCGGCGAUGGGGACGAAGUGAGGUGGAACUUCAGUCAACUAAGUGAGCUCAGCCAGCAGGCGGCCAAUGUCCUCUCGGGGGCGUGCAGCCUCCAGCGUGGGGACCGCGUGGCGGUGGUGCUGCCCCGAGUGCCCGAGUGGUGGCUGGUGACCCUGGGCUGCAUGCGAGCAGGUCUCGUCUUCAUCCCCGGGACUAUUCAGAUGAGAGCCAAAGACAUUGUCUAUAGGCUGCAGGUGUCUAAGGCCAAGGCCAUCGUGGCUGGGGACGAAGUGGCCCAGGAAGUGGACACCGUGGCUCCUGACUGCCCUGCUCUGCAAACAAAGCUACUCGUGUCUGAUAAAAGUCGGGAUGGGUGGCUGGACUUCAAGACGCUACUACGAGGGGCAUCUACCACACAUCACUGUGUGGACACGGGAAGCCAGGAAGCGGCUGCCAUCUACUUCACCAGUGGGAGCACCGGCUUCCCCAAGAUGGCGGAACACUCCCACGCAAGCCUGGGCAUGAAGGCCAAGCUGGACUCGGGCACAUGGAUGGAGCUGCAAACCUCAGAUUUAGUAUGGCCCAUCUCAGACACCGGUUGGAUAGUCAACAUCUUGUGCUCACUGCUGGAACCCUGGACGGCGGGAGCGUGCACAUUUAUCCAUCUCUUGCCAAAGUUCGACCCGCUCGUCAUUCUUAAGGUGCUGUCCAGCUACCCAAUCGACACCUUGGUAGGAGCACCCCUGGUUUACCGAGUGUUGCUACAACAGGACCUUUCCAGUUACAAGUUCCCACGUCUACGGAACUGCUUCACUGGAGGGGAGGCCCUUCUCCCAGACACUCUGGAGAACUGGAGAGCCCAGACAGGACUGGACAUCCGGGAGUUCUAUGGCCAGACGGAAACGGGACUCACCUGCAGGGUUUCCAAGACCAUGAAAGUGAAACCUGGCUACCUGGGCACUGCGAUUCCCCAGUAUGACGUGCAGGUCAUAGAUGACAAAGGCGAGGUCCUGCCCCCCGGUGCAGUAGGAGAGCUGGGCAUCAGGGUCAAGCCCCUCAGGCCCACAGGCAUCUUCUCUGGCUACGUGGACAAUAUUGAGAAGACAGCCGCCAACAUUCGAGGGGAUUUUUGGGUCACAGGAGACCAGGCAGUCAAGGACCAAGAUGGAUAUUUCCAGUUCAUGGGGCGGGCCGAUGAUAUCAUUAACUCCAGUGGGUACCGGAUUGGACCCUUGGAGGUAGAGAAUGCACUGAUGGGGCACCCUGCUGUGGUGGAGACAGCUGUUAUCAGCAGCCCGGACCCCAUCCGAGGAGAGGUGGUGAAGGCAUUUGUGGUCCUGGCGCCCCAGUUCGUGUCCCAGGAUCUGGAGCAGCUCACCAAGGAGCUGCAGCAGCACGUGAAGUCAGAGACGGCCCCGUACAAGUACCCGAGGAAGAUAGAGUUCGUCUCCAACCUGCCCAAAACCGUCACAGGCAAAAUCCAGCGGACGGAGCUUCGAAACAAGGAGUGGAAGAGGUCUGGGCCAGCCGGGGCCCAGUGAGGCCGCAGGGCGCUUUCCCUUGGGUCCUGCCCUUCCUCUCUGCCCGUUUCCCUUUGGGUCAUAGGGGGAUACGAGGUUCCUUGUGAUAAGACGUCUGAUUGUCUUGUCUUUCUCUGGUUACUAGCUCACAACCUUACCACGUUAGAUGUUGAAAGAAGGGCGGGAGGGGAUGAGAAAGAGGUUAGGAGAGGGGAACAGACAAAAAGGAAAAAAAAUGAGAGAAAGAUUAAAACAGCAAGAGAAAGCAAUUGAGAAAGA